AGUGGUCGAGUUACCUACACAAGCUGAUGGAAAUUUCGCCUUAAAAAUUCAAUUGGUACAAUUGGCAAUUAUUUUUAAUCGGUUUAUCACGGAUUUAGAUUUCACGAUUGACAAGGAUUUAUUACCAGUGGGUGUCAAAUAUUUAAGACGACAAGACACUAAUUGGUGGGACUAAAAUUUGUUAAAACUGUAGGUAUGUACAAUCCGUUAUUUUGCAGUCCCUGCUCUCUUUAAGCACUUAAUUUUGGUAAUGAUUUUGGUCACCGACCGGUAACAGAUUGCCACUACUUUGCAAUGUCUGCCGGAGUAUAUUUCCAUCACGGUCGUCCCUCCGGGAAAGGGGGAAGUUCACCCUUAAUGUUGGGAGGGUAUCGACAGUGGAGAAGUUGGACGUCGGUAGAUUCAUGGACGGAGACUGACCACUUGUCCGGCUCCACGGAACCCACGGUGCGGCGCAUGAUUGCGGCACUUCUUAACAAACUUUGUACUUCUCAAUUUGCGAAGAUAAUUCUCUACGGGGGCCGAUUACCCCUGAGGACAAAUCCUAAUGCAAUCUCCCCACUAACAAAGGAGCUAUCUCUCGAUGGGGUUACCGUCGUUUUGGAAAUUUCCAAGCAGGAGUUCCUCCUCGGACAAAGUAUCCCUUUCAUCAUAACGUCCCAAGGAGAAAGCAGUGCCGUAAAACGAGUCAAAAUAUCCCUCACGAGAACAAUCUCACACUCGCAAAAAGUACAAAGAUGCGUCGAACAAGAGAGUGAAGUACAAAUUUCGUCCGAAUCCGAAGUCAUGGAUUGCCUCGUUUUUCGAAGAUUUCUGAAAAGAGAAUCCUUCACGAGAAGUGGAAAGUUGUCGCAGGGCAAAGAUCCAAUUCCCACGUUUGCCUCGGAUGACGAACCCCAUUUAAGAAUUCGCUACUUGGUCGAGGUCAAGCUGACCACCAGGGGACAUAAUGUGGACGUGAAGCAAAUGGAGGCCAUCAUCGGGACCGAGGUGGUUUCCAGUGAUCGUAAAGAAAUGGAGGGAGCAUCGUCAUCCAUGCUACAGUAAUAUGGGUUGAAUAUGUAGCUCCAAAAUAUCGUUAUAAUUAGUUGGACAACUGGGGUCAAUGUAGUCAAAAUUAUUUUUAUAAGAUUUAUCCCGAACUAAAUACCCUUCUUACCAUGUACUCUGGCAUAUUUAUAAAAUAUUCGAAUUGUAAGAAUAUUUACAGAUAUGUACAGAUUUUACUUUCAAUCGUAGUAGGUUUAGAGCUUGCACUAUGCAAAUAUACAUAAUUAAGCCAACCUUUUAUGUGCAUAAAUGAGUAACAAUUAUAUUAAAGUGAAUUUGUUAAGACAAAAAAUUGAAGAGUGGAAUACAUGUAGAGACAAAAAAUGGAACA